CCAGCGAGUCAGAGAGUGAGCGAGAGCGAGAGGAGGGAGAGGAGGAGAAAGAGCGAGGGCGGGCGGGAGGGAGGCAGCGCAGCAGCAGCAGUAAUAGCAGGAGCAGCAACAGAAGGCGUCGGAGCGGGCGUCGGAGCUGCCCGCUAGGGGAGAGAGAGGAGAGAGAGAGAGAGUGGGAGAAGCGGGCGAGCGAGGAGAGAGAGAGAGAGAAAGAGAGAGAGAGAGAGCCCAGGGCAGAAAAGUAACUGUCAAAUGCGCGGCUCCUUUAACCAGAGCGCCCAGUCCGGCUCCGAGAGUCAUGGCGACCGCAGCGUCUAACCACUACAGCCUGCUCACCUCCAGCGCCUCCAUCGUGCACGCCGAGCCGCCUGGCGGCAUGCAGCAGGGCGCAGGGGGCUAUCGCGAGGCGCAGAGCCUGGUGCAGGGCGACUACGGCGCGCUGCAGAGCAACGGGCACCCGCUCAGCCACGCUCACCAGUGGAUCACCGCGCUGUCCCACGGCGGCGGCGGCGGGGGCGGCGGCGGCGGUGGAGGAGGCGGGGGAGGCGGCGGGGGAGGCGGCGACGGCUCCCCGUGGUCCACCAGCCCCCUAGGCCAACCGGACAUCAAGCCCUCGGUGGUGGUACAGCAGGGUGGCCGAGGCGACGAGCUGCACGGGCCAGGAGCGCUGCAGCAGCAGCACCAACAGCAACAGCAGCAGCAGCAACAGCAGCAGCAGCAGCAGCAGCAACAGCAGCAGCAGCAACAACAGCGACCGCCACAUCUGGUGCACCACGCUGCCAACCACCAUCCCGGGCCCGGGGCAUGGCGGAGUGCGGCGGCUGCAGCUCACCUCCCUCCCUCCAUGGGAGCUUCCAACGGCGGUUUGCUCUAUUCGCAGCCCAGCUUCACGGUGAACGGCAUGCUGGGCGCAGGAGGGCAGCCGACUGGGCUGCACCACCACGGCCUGAGGGACGCCCACGAUGAGCCCCAUCACGCAGACCACCACCCGCAUCCGCACUCUCACCCGCACCAGCAACCGCCCCCGCCACCUCCCCCACAAGGCCCACCGGGCCACCCAGGCGCGCACCACGACCCGCACUCGGACGAGGACACGCCGACCUCAGACGACCUGGAGCAGUUCGCCAAGCAAUUCAAGCAGAGGCGGAUCAAACUAGGAUUUACUCAAGCAGACGUGGGGCUGGCGCUUGGCACCCUCUACGGCAACGUGUUCUCGCAGACCACCAUCUGCAGGUUUGAGGCCCUGCAGCUGAGCUUCAAGAACAUGUGCAAGCUGAAGCCUUUGUUGAACAAGUGGUUGGAAGAGGCAGACUCAUCCUCGGGCAGCCCCACCAGCAUAGACAAGAUCGCAGCGCAAGGGCGCAAACGGAAAAAGCGGACCUCCAUCGAGGUGAGCGUCAAGGGGGCUCUGGAGAGCCAUUUCCUCAAAUGCCCUAAGCCCUCGGCCCAAGAGAUCACCUCCCUCGCGGACAGCUUACAGCUGGAGAAGGAGGUGGUGAGAGUUUGGUUUUGUAACAGGAGACAGAAAGAGAAAAGGAUGACCCCUCCCGGAGGAACUCUGCCGGGCGCCGAGGAUGUGUAUGGGGGGAGUAGGGACACACCACCACACCACGGGGUGCAGACGCCCGUCCAGUGAACUCAAGCGGGGGAGGGGCAGAGCUUGAGGCUCCCCUCCCCUUUGGUCCACAGUCUUUCCUGGGACCUCUGUUCUCCCUCUAACUUCUGAUUGGUUUUUUUUUUUUCUUUUUUCUUUUAAUUAUUAUUUUCGCAGUCCCUUA